CCGGAACCCUGAAGGGAUUUACCAGCACAACCGGCACGCCCUGCAGUUGUACGCUCUAGCUGUCCCCUGCCGUCGAAUCGCCUGUGGCGAUGACUGGCACAACUUCACUCAUUCACACAAACACACACAUGCAGCAAAGGGCACAGAAUAUGCAGAUAGAUGCCUAUACACCUACCUGGUUGUGUCAUGCACAAAACCGGCAUGCACCACGCAGAUCUACCUAGCCGCUUGCAAAGACGAAGCGCUUUCUCUCACACACCCAACCAACCAACCAACCAACCCACACAAACGGCCUCAGUCGACAUUUUCUCCCGGUGACGGCUCCAAACCGGCAGCAUCCGCCGUGCCAGAUGGCUGCGCCUCUGACGCCUCCUGCCGCUCGUCGUCGUCCUCGAGGUCAGGCAUCUCGUCCUCAUCAUCUGCACAGAUGAACCAACCACACCCAAACUCGCAACACACAAACCCCCAGGCCGUCCCUCCCGUCCCUCUCUCUCUCUCUCUCUCUCUCUCUCUCACCGUCGUCAUCGCCAUCGCCAUCAUCGUUUUCGCCCUCUCCUUCAUCAUUGCGCGGCUGGCCGGCCAUGAGACGCAGCAGCUGCAGCAGCUCCUGCGGCGCGACCUGCAGGGGGGCGAAGUGGCGGUCGAAGCGCAUCUGACGGGCGGGCAGGGGGUCCCGCGAGAAGCGCGACGGGAAGGGGGCCGUGACGUCCGGGGCGUUGACGGGCAGGAUCUCCUCCUCUGUGACGCUGUCGAUGACACUCAGCACGUGCACGUCCGAGAAUGUGCCCCCGGUGGGCGACCAACCUGGGACAAAGAAUAGAACACACGCACGCGAGUGUGUAUCCGUCGGGGCUGCUCUCUAUUCUAUGCGUUGCAUGGUGUGUGGACUUACCUCCGUAUGUGACCAUAUUGUGGCCAGUCCAGACGGAGGCGUGGAAGCUGCGAGGCCGCGGCUUGUACACGGUGACAUGGGCCGCCCCCGCAAAGCCGUCACGUGGCCCGUCCGGUGCCCCUGAUCAAAGUGAACAAAUGCACACCCAUCCAUCCAUCCAGAGAACAGCACAGUGUCUCCAGGCCCAGGGGUGCAUACUUGCGUCGCUCCAUCCGCCCUCACUGUCGAUCUCCUCGUAGGCGUCAUCGUCUGCACCCACCCAUUCAUCCAUCCAUCCAUCCAUCCAUGGGAGCCAUCAGACACAGUCUGUAGACGGCCAGCUUACCGUCGCCGUCUUCAUCGAUGUCGUCGUCCUCACUCUCGUGGACUGGUGCAACCCAUUCCUCCUCAUCAGAGUCUAAUGAACCAGAUAAUCACAUAAACACCACACACAAGCAUCCAUCCAUCCAUCCACCCCGGCCCCACCCUGCACGCACAUACAUACCGUCCUCGUCAUCGUUGCCAUGGUCUGAGUCCUGCCUCUGGGCGGUCUGGCCCUUCUUGGGCAGCGGACGGUCCGUGUCCAUGUCGGGAGAGUCGCGGCGGCGCUUCCUGUCCGUCGUGCCGCCAUCCCCCCCUCCCUCCCCCUGGCCCUUCUUGUCGACCGCAGCACUCACAGCAGCGGCGGCCGAUGCAGCCGGUGCACACGCUGCUGGUGGCGGUGGUGGUGCCGCUGCUGCCGCCGCCGCUGCACAGGAUGACGAAGACGCCUCCUCCUUGCGCGACGGCAACUGAAUCGCAAACACGGCAGCACGACAAUCAUCCACCGAAACAUGUAUGUCUCUCUCCCCCCAACCCACUACCUCAGCCUCAGCUGGUGAGGCCGCAGGCGUCUUGCCGUCUUUGCCCUUGACCAUGCCGUCGACACGCGCGUUUGUGGCCAUGACAGGGACGUACAAACGGCCCGUUGCCGUGUUGAAGACCACCAGCUCGCGGCACCCGCCGCGAUGUCCGCCGAAGAGGAUGAUCUUCUGGCCUGCCAAGACAGCUGUGUGUGCUCGGCCGAGGCACCGCUUGUGACUCUCAGGGAUCGCUGCCAUGCAGACAGAGAAGACAACAAACAUAUCUUGUGGACAGGACAGUGUGUGUGAGUGGAUGUGCGAUGUGUGCGAUGUACCAAAAGUUGGCUGCAGGCCUUUGCUGACCCACGGCAGGUCGUCGAAGGCAAUCCAGCUGCACCACACCAUGUGUGUGCGUUAAUGAAGAGACAGCAAGCCAAGCAUGUCUGUCACACAUGGGUCCACGCGUGCAGUACGCGUGUGUCCGCCCGCUCACGUCUUGGUGUGUCCGUCGAAGAGGUGGAGGUCCUCAAAGUCCUGCCCCAUCCUAGGCACAUCCCUGCCGUUCGCCCCGCCGAUGACAAAGACGUAUCUCGACUGCACAAGUGUGGCAGAGUGGCUGUUGCGGGGCGCGGGAGGCACCCCGCUCACCUCGGCAGCCCCACUGCACACACGACAGACAGACACAGACAACAGUAAAGCUGAUAUGCGUGUGUGUGUGUGUGUGUGUGGCCUCCUGCAGACGGCUUACGUGUGCCAUUGCCAGGUGGCCACAUCGACAAUGACCGACGUGUUGACCGGCUGCGAGUUCUCGUUGCCGCCGAAGAUGAAGAUGUAUCCCUCUCGGUGCUUCUUGGAGCUGAACGGCACGUAUGUGGCGGAGUGGAAGGCGCGGCCGGGAACACUGCUCCUGAUUGAUGACACACAGGCACACGGAUGGCAAGAUGCUCACGAUGGAUCCAUGGAUGGAUGGAUGGAUGGGUGGGUGGGUGGAUCGUUCGCACUCACUUGGCCAUCCUUCCCCCACUGGUGGUGGUGGUGGUGCGCUCGGCAGCUUUGCUGCCGCCCAACACCCACGUCAAACAGCUGCUUACACACAGACACACACGAUUGUGUGUAUACUCAGGUCAUCCAUCGUUGCUUGCUUGGUCAGGUCAGGUCAGUUGACUCACCCACCGGUCUUUCGGUUCUGUUUCUCUGCCCUUCCUGCUGUGACCGGAGAGUCUGGCCGGGACGAAGGCGAGCGAGCGAGCGAAGCUGGUGUCACGACUGGAGCGAUACUCUGAGGGAGUCGAGAAGAGCUGCUGGGGUCGGUGCGUGUGUGUUGAGCGUGGCUACUCACCCUUGACCUCAGAAGCCGCCUCCUGUGUACCCAGACAGACAGACAGACAGACAGACAGGGAGAGAUUGCUCUGACCGAUCCCGCUCUCUGCCUGACCCCGUAUGGGCGCUGUGCUGUGCUCACAUCGUCCUUUGUGUCAGAGGGUUUGUCGUCGGUUUUGCCAUCCAGGUAGGCCAUCUCGAGCACACCCCAACCGUCGCUCUCAUUCCGGUAACCUUAUGUAUAACACACAUACACACGAACGAGACACCGCACCGCCCCCAGAUACACCACACCCAUCCAUCCCAUAUGUAUGUCAGUCACACGAGUACCGACCGCCGGACAGGUAGCCACCGUUCACAAACAAUCGAUCAGGGGGCUGGGGCGCACCCUGACAGUUUCAUUGAGCAGAUCAGACACACAGCAGCAGCCAUGUGAUGUGAGCGAUCGACUGUGCGGCCUUCCAUGCGAUGCCAUGCCAUGCCGGCAGCAUUCGCAUGUCUGUUCUGUGUGAGUGUUUCUUUACACCUACCUUGUUGAGCGGCUUGUUGAUGUCGAAUACCGGCGUGACGCUCUGGCCGUAGGAUGGCGGUGGGGGCGUGUUGUGUGUGCGGCAGGCCGACCAGCUGUACUCGCCCGUCGACAGCAGGGAGGGCAGCGGCAAACUGAGAGAGCGACACACAAUACGCUACGCUCCCAUCGCUGGCUGCGUUUCGGUCAUUCUGCGUCUGUCCGUAUUGGUAAGGUACCUACCGCCAAAGGUCGUUGCAUGGGCCCCCAGAUGAAGACCAGCCUCCUACCCAUACACACAGAACAGACACGUGUCCUUGACCGUCUCCCUCCCUCCCUCCCUCCCUCUCUAUGGCUGUCACAGCUGUCACACCCACGGUACCUACCGUAUGCGUAGAGGUAUUCCGCCCUGCUCUCGAUCCAUAUCUUGGGGCACUCCCUCUCCAUGUCCAUCGCCUGAUCCUGCCCCAUAUCUUCAGUGUACUUGGCCAUGCCCCACACCAGACCGCCAUGCUGCCGGCUCUCCGUCAGGUCACACAACUCCUGCAAUUUUAAGGACAGAAUGGGUAAGCAGCUUGUAUGGCCUGCCUAUGUAUGUGUCGCACCGCAGCUCUCCUAUACGCCUCACGGUACUGCCAUUCGGUGACGGCGUCACCGUCACCGUCACCGCCAGCCUCACCUUGGCCCUCCCCGCCACCUGAACGAGCAGUCAUUCACAUGGAUGCGCGUGUGUGGGUGUGCAUGGUCGACCUAGUGCUCCAUCCCAUCCACUCACACACCUGCCCCUGCUGCGGGCGAUGAUGCACUGCCACUGGCAGAGGCAGCAGCUGCAGCCGCUGCCGCCGCCGCCACCGGCACACUUGGUGCCGGCGUGGGGUGGAAGUGGCCAUUCCCGGCCACCGUGCGCACAGGCAAAUGGCUGAAGGUGUCCUGAUACUGCAUGCGGCCGGCCAGUAGGGCAGCACCAAGGCAGCCAGGCAGGUAGGCAGGCAAAGAUAGAGCGACAAACAGACAGACAGACAUACCUUAAUUACGUGUCUUCAUGUAGACGCGUACGUGUGUGUGUGUGCGCAUGUGGGUGGGCAUUAAUGUGUGUCAGUCAAGCUGCAUGGCUUACGCGCAGCCUCCAGAGUGGCGCUGAUGUGUCGGGAUCAGCGAGAGCAGCCCACCGAGCGUUGACUGCACACACACCCAGGCACACCACACCGUUCGUUCGCUCUAUUGCUUGCCUGUCUGCCCGCCGCCCACUCCAUCCAGGGAUGUGCCUAGCUAGCUACCUGCAGCGGGUCCCGCAGCGAUUUCUUCGCCUGCAUGGCACACAGACAGACGCAUACACACAGAGCGGUGCACGCGGUGCAUCAGUUCCUGAGGUGCAUUGAUUGAUUCCACGUGAGAGCCGAGCCGCCAGCCUUGCCUGAGAUGAACUCCCAGAUAUGGUAGAGGAGGGUGUCGUCCAGAUCUCCCUCACUCACACGCACUGGUGCAGACAUCUCUCGUCGACAGGGAUUAAUUGCCAGCAAACCCGAGAAAGAUCUGC